AUGGCCACCAAGUUCGAGCGUGCCUCCUUCCCGACGCCUUCUCCCUCUCCUCCGAGCCGAGCCGUCGUACCGCCCACUACCUCGACCAGGCGCAACCGCCACGAGGACCAGCUCGCCCGCAUCGCCCACGCCGCCGAGCACGCUCGCCUCGCGCACCUCGCCAAGGCCGUCCACGCCGCCGCGCCGACCGCGUCGACGACCGGCGCCGGCGUCAAGAUGCUGCGGUACUCAUUCCACGUCGAGCACGACGAGCGAGGGCACAAGGUCCUCAAGCGCGUCACGGUCAUCGUGCCCGAGGUGGUCGGCGGCAAGGCGGCCAAGGGCGAGUCGGACGACGCAAGGACCGCGCUGCGCCAGCGUCCCGUCUCGUCGUUCCUGUUCAUCCCGCCUCAGCAAACCGCCACCGCAGCCCGCCCUCGAGCGCGUGUCGCCCCUCCCGCCCGUCGACUCUCGGCCCCUCGCCUGUCCAACCUCUCGCUCAUCCCGCCAGCACCACCUGUCCCCCAGUUCCAGUCCACAGCGUCGAGCCGACGGAGCGUUGUGCCCGCGCCGAGCGAGGCGACGAUACAGCAGCGGCGCGACGCCGUCGCCGAGCAAGAGCCGGUGGUCGACCCGCUCUGCCCGGGGCACGGCGACGGCGUCGAGCGGGUUCCGAGCGGCGCAGGGCUGGACAGGGUCGCGGCAUGGGCGCGGGACCAGCGCGAGAGGGUGCGGCGCAAGCGCGGCGGACAGGGCGUCGCGGAGCCGAGCGAGGAGGACGAAGCGACGGCGCCGGCGAGGACGAGGGCGGCCAAGAGGCAACGCAGGGACGACAGUCUGGGAGAGAGGAGGGGCAAGAUGGUAGAGCCGCUGCGCCUCGUGUAAAGGAACGAGCCGUCGA